UGUUUCAACAAGACUAGUAGCAUUUCCCAGUCUUAAAAGCCAAGCCAAAACAGAGAGAACUCUGUUUCCCUGUUUGGCUCUGUUUCUAAUUUUCUCUUUUCCCCUUUGAUUCAUUUUCUCUGUUUCCUGGGAGAAUACUCUCACUUUUUGUAUAAUCAUGAUAGUUUCUAACUUUUCUCAAUUCAGAGAAAUGGCUGCAACCAAUAAUUUUCUUGCUUACGAAUCCUCUUUUGAGUGAAAUCCUAAAUUCUCACCACCUCACAACUGAAUUCAAUUCUCUAUUUCCAUAUUCAAAUGGGUUCUUUCAACAUCAUCAACAUCAAAGUCGAGAAGGAAAACGCAAUGAAGAAGCAUCGCCAGCUUCAGAAGUUUGCAAACUUGUUCAGGUUCAUAGAAAUAUGUCUGAUUUUGGCCUUGAUUUCCAGGUUUUCUGUUGGACUCCCAGUUGCUGUCAAGAACUCCACUGAAUAUUUCAAGGACAUAACAGUCAUCCUUUUAAGCCCUCGCUUCGUGUUCAUCCUUGGAAAUGCCAUAGUCAUCACUCUCUUUGCAAAAUCAGGUCAGUUUUCUGGUCAAGAUCCUUCAGAAAAGAAUUCAAGAACAGAUCUUUAUGAAGAGUUCGUUGAAAAGAGUGAAAGGAAUCAAAUCAUGCAACGAUACGAAGCUGGAAACAGAGAAAAACAGAGCUCCUGUGUUGAGUGUAUAGUCACUGAAGCAACUUGUACUUCUGUGGAAAGCAAGAAUUAUCAGAGAAGUCAGUCAGAGAAAUUAGACAGGGUUACCAUUAACAAGCCUUGCAUACAACUGAGGAGGUCGGCGACCGAGAAAUGCAGGGGAAGUGCAGAUUCUGGCGAGGGAUGGGUGAAAGUUUCAUAUCCUGAGGAUAAUAUGAGCAACGAGGAGUUCAGAUGCACAGUGGAAGCUUUCAUCGCCAGGCAAAAGAGGUUCAGAAAAGAUGAGGAAAACUCUAUAGGCUAGAGUAAUAUAAGCAAAUCCAAGUUUCUGUACAUUGCUAGAUUAUUAAUGCAAUGUAAAUUUUCAGCUGCUUCUUCUUCUU